UUUUUUUUUUUUUUUUUUUUUUUUUCUCUCUCUAAACUUCUACAUAGCACAUAUUUCCAUAUAAAUUAUAUAUGCGCCAAUCUCUCUUUGCUCCUUACAAGCCCUCAUGGCGGGUUCAAGACCCUCCUCUGUCUCUUCGCAGUCUUCUUCUCAGGCCUUCACUUCCCGUCUGUUAUUGCUCCUCACUCUCCUUCCCUUAACUCUUGCUGCCUUCGCUUUUGUUCUUCAAUGGCGUGGUGGAUUGACCGACCCCGUUUCUCGCUGGUCGCCCGACCACCACGAGUUUCCUGGAAUGGAAGCCACCACCUCCUCCACCUCUUCAUCAAGAACGAAGGAUUCCGGUUGUACGGAUCUUCUGGGUCGGAGCCAUUACCCGUCAUUUCCUUAUUACAGGAACUGGAAAUUCGAUUUCGGGUCUGAUCUGAAGCCCAAGAUAUGUAUAACUACAAGCACUUCUGCAGGCUUAGAUCAGACUUUGCCCUGGAUAUUUUAUCACAAAGUUAUUGGAGUUUCAUCCUUUUUCCUUUUCGUGGAGGGGAAGGCUACCUCUCCUAAUGUAUCUAAAGUUUUGGAAACAAUACCAGGUGUGAAAGUUAUAUACAGAACAAGAGAACUGGAGGAACAACAAGCUAGAAGCCGGAUCUGGAAUGAGACUUGGCUGGCAAGCUUCUUUUACAAACCAUGUAAUUAUGAAUUAUUUGUCAAGCAAUCCCUCAACAUGGAAAUGGCCAUUGUCAUGGCAAGGGAGGCUGGCAUGGAUUGGAUUAUCCAUCUUGAUACUGAUGAGCUAAUACAUCCUGCGGGAGCUCAUGAAUAUUCUUUGAGACAAUUGCUUUCAGAUGUGCCUGGAAACGUUGAUAUGGUCAUCUUUCCAAAUUAUGAGAGUAGUGUUGAGCGAGAUGAUGUCAAGGAGCCUUUCAGUGAGGUUUCAUUGUUCAAGAAGAACUAUGACCAUCUUCCAAAAGAUGUAUACUUUGGAAAUUAUAAAGAAGCAACUCGUGGUAAUCCAAACUAUUUUCUGACAUAUGGAAAUGGGAAAUCCGCAGCUCGAAUUCAAGAUCAUCUUCGCCCUAAUGGUGCACAUAGAUGGCAUAACUAUAUGAAGACUCCAAAUGAGAUCAAAUUGGAUGAGGCUGCUGUUCUGCAUUACACAUACCCAAAAUUUUCCGAUUUGACUUCAAGACGGGAUCGGUGUGGUUGCAAGCCUACAAAGGAUGAUGUUAAAAGAUGUUUUAUGUUGGAAUUUGACAGAGCUGCAUUCAUAAUUGCUUCAACUGCAACAGAAGAGGAAAUGCUUCACUGGUACCGGGAACGUGUUGUGUGGACUGACAAAUCACUAAAUAUUAAACUCAUGAGAAAGGGCAUUUUGACCCGCAUUUAUGCUCCAAUGGUCAUAGUCCAAGGACUCAGAGAAUCUGGUGUAUUCAGUAAUGUCAUAGCAAUGUCACAGACAAAUCUAACAGAGUUCUUAUCAUCAGUUGAGAAUAGUGAUUCUUCUAAAGCAGCUAAAUCUGGAGUUAUUUCUUCACGAAAGAUCGGUCAAAAUGGACAAUCUCAGGUGACUGCUAGACGGGUCUUGCAGAUAAGCAACAAUGCUUCCUUUCCCUCAGCUGUUCCACCGGAAUCUCCUCCUGGCCAUGAAGAUAUUCAGGUAGAGAUAUGUUGACAUUACAUCCAUGGCGGCCCUGGCCUUCUUCAUACCAUCACUCCUUACUACAGCUUGAGAAAGGAUGAGAGCAUUGGAAAAAGAGAUCCUGAGGGAAUGGGAGAAGUAGCAUAGGCUGCAGGUGGUGGUGCAUUUUAGUGUUCGGUUGCAUGGGGCUCUUCCCGAUCGUUACCCAAGCGCUGGCAUACAUUUUGAGUAGAUAAUAGAUUCUAUAGAGUGAUCAGAGGUGUAGAGCGGGAUUCUGAUUACAUUUUGGUGAUUUUUGUCUUCUUUAGUAGCUUUUGUAGAUGCCAUGCCAUGGCUGAUUGCAUUUGGUUUGUAAUUGGAAAUCCUGCUAGUUCAAUUCCUUUAUACACAUUUUGAGAGAAUGCAUGAUUGUAUCAUUCCCCAUUCA